AUGGCCACCCUAAGUGGGCUGGUCACCGAGUGCCAACGACUGUCGAAUCUGAAGCACGACACGGCGUUGGUCGAGAAGAAACUUACAUCUUCAACGGUGCAAGCAGUUCGGCACACAAAGCAGCCGAACAACCAAACAAAGUCAUCAGCAGACGGUAAGUCACCACCAUCGCCGUGCUGGCAGUGCGGCGCGAUGCAUUUCGUGAAGGGCUGUCAGUUUUCCAAGCACUUUUGCAAGCAGUGCGGAAAAAUAGGCCACAAAGAAGGCUAUUGUGGUUGCUUCGCAACACCAUCAAGCUCGAAGUCCGUUGGGGACAAGAAGAAGAAGAAGAAAUCUUGCUCUACAAAGGUCAUUCAAACAGUGCAGCAGGUCAAUAGCCGCAGGAAGUACAUAUCCGUCAUUUUCAACAAGACUGUGGCAAAGUUACAACUGGAUUGCGGUUCCGACAUCACCGUUAUAAGCCAUACAACGUGGAAAACGAUCGGAUCCCCUUCAUUCUCAACGACAAGCGUGGAAGCAUCUACGGCAUCUGGGGAGCCCCUCGAAUUGGUAGGCGAGUUCAUUAGUCCGAUAACUAUUGGCCACGUCACGAAAACAACUAUCUGUUACAUCACGUCGGUCGAAAACUUGAACAUCAUCGGGUUGGACUGGAUGGACGCCUUCGAUCUUUGGUCGAAACCGCUUGCUGCCUACUGCAAACAGGAUGUGCAGCCCGUUUUUCGACCAAAGUGGCCCGUUCCGUUUCACGCUAUUCAAAAGUUGACGAAGAAUUGGAUCGACUGCAACGCUUCAGGAGUCAAGUCAGCUCCGGGCAUUUUCCAGCAGCUGAUGUCGAAAAUGGUUUCCGGCAUACGCGGCGUUGAAGUGUUUCUCGAUGAUAUUCUGGUGCAUAGCAAGACACUAGAGGAGCACAACCGAAUACUGAAUAUGCUUUUCCGGCGGUUGUUCGAAUAUGGAUUUCAUCUUCGCGCGGAGAAAUGUCGGUUGUACCAAGACCAGAUCAAGUAA